AUGACCGCACACAUCUUUAACACCACCAUAUUGCCAAAACAUCUUGCUAACUCUGAUAAAAGUUUCACGGCCAUUCAUACAUUGAUUUAUGUAGCGGCUGUUGCAGUUGUACAAUUUACUGGAGGAAAAGUUGAAACUUGUGGUUCAAAACCAAGAGCCCAGAAGAAAAUUCGAGCCUGGGAGCAUCGAUUGAUUCAAAUUGAUAAACUACGCCGCCAAAUAGGAAAAAUCACCCAAUUUAUAAGGGGCAUUAAAAGGAAAAAGGUUAUUGCUGUGUAUGAAAAAUUAAAAUUAGAAUUACUUAAGCACACAAAACAUGAUCCACCCAACAGGACUCCAGAGGAGAUACUAGAUACACUUAAACAGAAGUUAUCACUAAAGGCUAACCGCUUAAGAAGAUAUCAGGCAUCAAGGAAAAGAAAAAUUGACAAUGCUAACUUCCAGAAUAGGGAAAGUAUAUAUAGACAACUCAGAAUAAAUACCAAAACUAAUACAAUUUAUACUAACUUCCCACAUAUUAAUAGCAUAGAAGAAGAAUUUUUGGAAGGGGAUUUGGUCCGAAGACGUAAGCUAUAA